UGACAGUGUAAAUUUCAUAAUACAAUAUGUUUGGAAAGAAAGAGAAACCGAAACGUCAGACACGACCUGCUGGCAGUCUUGCACAGUAUGGGAUCUUUGAAGUACCAGAAAGUUUGGAAGACUUAAGCAAUAAUUUCAUGGGAGAUGAUGAUAAUGAUGAUGAUUUAGAAGCUGAGUUAGCUGCAUUGACAGCUAGCGAUGACAUUAGUCAAAAAUCUAGACGUAAAGCACCACGGAAACCAAUUUCGAAUGCAAAUUUGGAUGUAAUGGUAGCAGAAAGUAUGAAGGAUAUAGAUCUUGAUGAACUGUCUGAUGGAGAUGACGAUCCAGAAUUAUUGAGUGAACUUAAGAUGAUCACAGCCGAUGAAUCUCCUGGAAAAGGUUCACCAAAAGAGGACAAUAGUCCGGUAACAGAAAAUAUAAAUGAACCUGCAUUAAUGGUAGAUGAUAUGUCUAUGAUGAAUACAAUAAGACUGUUACAAGAAAGGUUAAGGCUUUAUGAAAUGGCUGAGAGGAAAGCAAAACAGGAAAAUGAACCAGGUCGAGCAAGAAGAUUUAAUAGAGGCAUCAAAACACUUAAAGAACUACUGACUGAUGCUCAGUCAGGAAAACCUAUUAAUGAAGCUGACAUUCCACCUGAAUUAUCGGCAUCUGCUGUUGCUGAAUCCACAGAAACAGUACCAGAAAGACCUAAGGAAGAAUCAACAGAGCACACUACUGCUCCAGCUGAAAUGGAUAUGACAGCAUCUCUGGACAUUAAUAGUGUACCAGAAUAUGUUCCAACAAAGUCGAUAGAUGAAGAAGCAUUAACGUUAUUGAGAAGCAGGCAGCAAGAAUAUAAGGUAGCAGCAGUAUCAUGGAAAAGGGCUGGCAAUAUGAAAGAGGCGCUUCAGUGUGUGAAUGUAGCAAAACAGUUUGAUAUAGUUAUAGCAGCAGUAAAUGCAGGAGAUACAGUUGAUUUAUCAGAUAUGCCACCAUCUCCAAGUAUUCCUGAAUCAAACACUGCUGUUGUUAUACCAGAACCUCAGAAAAUUGAAAAUGAAACACAAGGACAAGCAGCCCCAGAUGCGCAACCUGAAGCAGAAGCAAAACCGGCUGGUUUGGAAAAUUUAGAACUUGCUUUAAAAGAACGCCUUGAAGUGUACAGAAGAUCAAAGACAGUUGCAGAAACAGAAGGAAAUUCUUCUAAAGUACGAAGAUAUGGUCGUAUUUGUAAACAGUUCGAAGAAGCUCUUAAGUUCUAUGCUCGUGGGAAACCUAUACCCCUUGAUGAACUGCCCACUCCGCCUGGUUUUUCACCGCUUUCCGUACCUCCGCAACCUGCUGCACCUGCACCAGAAGCGGAAAGAACUGAAACACAACCGGAACCGACAUCGCGAACUGUUCUACCUUCUGAACCACCUGAAAAUACAUCAAGUCCAAAGAGUUCUAUAUCUCCUGCAAAAACACAAAUAGGAAGAAAACAAAAUCAGAAAAUGACACGGGCAGAAAAACAGAUGGCGGUGUUACAACAGCGUCAGUAUGAGUUAAAACAAGCUGCUCUUAAUGCAAAGAAGGAUGGAGACUUAGAAUUGGCACGAAAUUAUUUAAGACAAGCGAAAGGGAUAGAUCCACUGGUUGAAGCAAGUAAAGCUGGAUUACCAGUUGAUAUGAAUACCAUACCUGUAUCUCCCUCCGCAAAGCUUGAACUCAGUGCAGAUAGUACAUCUGGCCAAGUUGAUGAUAAUUUUACACUAAUAACCAGAGAAGAAUGUUUAGAAGAAGCUACAGGAACGGACGAAGAGAUUUAUGAAAAUCUGGAGUCUCAGUUAAUGAAACAAAUGAAGUGGUGCUUAUGCACAAGAGAUCAUUCAAAAGCAUUAGGGGAUGUACCUGGAUAUAAUAAAUGGGAACGACUGGCAUUAGGUUAUAAACGAGAUUUGGAUAUGCUGAGAGUUCGAAAACGUGAUGCAUUGCCACCGCCGCAACAUCAUUAUGAAACAAAAACUUACGCUAUAGUUCAGAGUUGUACAGAUAUAAGUGAUAAUGAUGUAGAAAUUUCUAUAAUAAGAGGAGUGAAUUUUUCAAAAGAGGAUACGUACGUCAUAUUCGAAUUUCCCUAUCCAUCAGAUAGUCCACCGACAGACAGAACGACUACCGUUAGAGGAGCUUGUAAUCCAGAAUAUCAAGCAGUGUUUCCAUUAAUUGGAAUAAUAGAUCGAGGAUCAAGGCAGUGUCAACGGGCUUUCAAAAGACAUGCACUGAAAUGCCAAGUUUGGGCAAAAGGUGGGUUCUUUAGAAGUGAUAGCCUCUUAGGUACAGUAUCACUUAAGUUACAGCCCCUGGAAACUCAGUGUGUACUUCAUGAUUCAUUUCCUUUAAUGGAUGGAAGAAAACAAACAGGUGGAAAGUUAGAACUUAAAAUACGAUUGAGAAAUCCAGUCCUUACUAAGCAGAUAGAACAAAUUACGGACAAGUGGUUAAUUAUUGAUCAUUGAUGUGGCAUUAUGGAAUGACCAUAAUUUUAUUUUGCCAAUGAUUGCUUUA